CAAAGGUCCUUUAACCCCUGGCAUCCAGCUUUCACACAGAUAGCAGUGUAUAGGUCCUGGUUGGGGUUACUAUAGUGUAAGAUAUUGGUCCUUUUCCUGGCUGACCCACCUAGGAUGGACCAAGAAAGAAGUGAGAUGAAAAUAUUAAACCUCGCCCUGGAGAUCAUCUGUCUUCUCACUGGAGAGGAUUACACAGUAGUGAAGAGGACAUCUGAUGAGUGCUGUGGGAGCCAUACCUGUGUGUCAGAGAGACGGAGUAGGAACCAGAGCCCGAGCAUGGGGCCUACACCUCACUCACUGACACCUGAGAGAAUCAAUGAGCAGAAGAUCCUAGACCUCACCAACAAGAUCAUUGAGCUGCUGACUGGAGAGGUUCCUGUAAGGUGUCAGGAUGUCACCGUCUACUUCUCCCUGGAGGAGUGGGAGUAUUUAGAAGGACACAAGGAUCUCUACAAGGAGGCAAUGAUGGAGGACCACCAGCCCCUCUCGUUGCCAGAUGGAUUCAGUUGGAGAAAUCAGUCAAAGAGAAGUCUUAGUCCUCUGCAGUUCUCUGAAGAAAAUCACAAUGUCCCACUGGAUGACCAGGAUGAAAGUCUGAUAGACAUUAAAGUUGAAGUUGUUGAUGAAGAAGAAGAAAUGGAUUUGAGAAGUAAUCAGUCAUUUAAGGAAGAGGACAUUCCUAUUGAUAUAAGCCCAGGUGGCCACAGCGUGAACUUAGGACAAAACCUCUUUUCAUCUACAGCCUUGGUGAUGGUGACAGACAAUGGUGAUAUCACAAAUGAUUAUCCAGGAGAAAAACAACUUCAAUGUUUGGGAUGUGGAAAAUGGUUUAAACAAAAAUUGGAUCAGACAACUCACAAAGGAGCGAUACAAAUUCAAUGUUCAGAAUGUAGGGAAUGUUCUACCCAAAAGUCAGGUCUUACUGAACAUCAGAAAAUCCCCACAGGAGAGAAAUCAUUUUCAAGUUUGGAUUAUGGGCACAGUUUUACCAAAAAAUCACAUCGAGUGGAGCAUAAGAAAAUUUACAAAGGGGAGAAGUUGUUUCCAUGUUCAGAAUGUGGGAAAUGUUUUACCAAGAAAUCAAAUCUAGUACAACAUCAGAGAAUCCAUACAGGGAAGAAGCCAUUUUCCUGUUCCGAAUGUGGAAAAUGUUUCACCAAGAAGUAUGGUCUAGUUAACCAUCAAUGGAUUCACAAAGGGGUGAAGCCUUUUUCAUGUCCUGAAUGUGGAAGUUUUUUUACCCAGAAAUCGGAUCUGGUCAAACAUCACAGAAUUCACACAGGAGAAAGACCGUUUUCAUGUUUGGAAUGUGGGAAAUCUUUUACUCAGAAUUCAGAUCUUAUUAAACAUCAAAAAAUCCACACAGGGGAGAAACCAUUUUCUUGUUCAGAAUGUGGGAAAUGCUUUAGUAAGAAAUCAGAUCUUAUUAAACAUCAGAGAGUUCAUACAGGGGAGAAACCAUUUUCAUGUCCUGAAUGUGGAAAAUCUUUUACUCAGAAUUCAGAUCUUGUCAAACAUUAUAGAAGUCACACAGGGGAGAAGCCAUAUUCAUGUUCUGAAUGUGGGAAACGUUUUUCCCUGAAAUCAGGCCUUGUUAAACAUCACAGCAUUCACACAGGAGAUAAGCCAUUUUCAUGUUCAGAAUGUAGUAAAUGCUUUACCAAAAAAACCUCUCUUGUUAAACAUCAGAGGAUUCAUACAGGGGAGAGGCCGUUUCCAUGUUUAGUGUGUGGAAAACGUUUUACCCAGAAACCUGUCCUUGUUAAACAUCUGAGAAUCCAUCAAGUUGUGGAGGUUGUUCCUGAUGUCUUCCAUAAUACAGAGUCUCUCCAGAUCUUGAAUUCUUCUGUUUAGGUGAAAUUGAUCUUGAUCUUUUACGCCAAUAAUAUACUUUUAUAAUGUCUUGGUAACCAAGAGAAAACUAAAUAGGACACAAUGGAGUUUCAUUGUAAUUUUUAAAGGGGUUGUCUAUGAUUAGCCCCCUUGAAGAACAUUUUUUUUACAUUUUACAGUCAGUCAAAUUGUACUUUGUUUUCAAUGUAUGAGGUUUUGUCUUUUGCAUAACAAGCAGUUUUUUAUGUAGGUGCUACGUUUUGGUAUGUAGUGUAUAUACUAACUCAAUUUAAAAAUAAAACGCUCUGCUGCAAUUUUUUUUUUAGCGUUUUUACACCAUUAUGUUUACCACAAUACCAACUAUGUGUAUAUCAUUUUAUGUUUUGUAACUUUUUUUUUUAACUUUCUGCUCUGCGCUAUGGUGGGAAGGUAGUACUAUAAUGGUACCGUGUUACUGUGUGGCUGUGUUACAUAGCUGGCACUCUGCUCUAAUGGCUUGGAGGGGACAUAACUCUGAAAGCUAACCUAAUAGGCAGCCUGUAAGUUUUAGAUAAUACAAUGCAAUAUAAAAAAUAUAGCAGUGUAUUAUAUCACAAUCAGAGGAUUCUAUGGGGAAGAAGUAAAAAUAGUGUUUGGAAAAAUGAAAAAGAAAGUAAAAUCCCUUUUUUUUUGCAUAGAAAUGCCUUUAUUUAUGUGAAUAAAAUAUACAUUAAACUGUACACAAUUAACAACUUGUACAAUAAAAUAAUCACAUUAUUUAUCCCAUAUGGUGAACAUCGUAAAAAAAAUAUUCUAAAUUGCUGUUUGUUUUUUUAAUGAAUUCUAUACUCUGAAAUACAGAGAUCAUAUGUACCCCAUAAUGGGAUCAAUGAAACUGAAAAAUAUACAUUUUCUGGGUCUUUGAAUAAUUUUAAAAUUAUUUUUAAAAGUAAAGAGUUUUUAUUGUGCAAAAGUAUAAAACCAUAAAAAUGAUCAAACUCAUACUGUAUGAUGAAUGCUAUAAAAACAAAAU